UGUGCUUUUGUGAGUACUGGGCGACGCGUGCACUCGGUCCGUUGUUAUAUUAUUAAUAUACCGAUCGCGAUUUUUUUUUGUUUUUUACGACAGUGGCGAGCUUUUGAUAAGUUCGACGUUAUAUUAUAUCAAUUAACAUCAUAACUCAUAAUUCGAUUGUUAUUAUUACUGUAGAUUUUUGUAUUUUCAAUUAAUCGACCAAACUCCGAUCACUUCGAUCCACGUAUUCUAUUUAAAGAUUAUCGUAAUCGAUUUGUCUUGGACAUUUUUUCCCGCUCAACGAAACUCCGCCGUGGCUGCUGAUUGUUCGUUCUCUCGACCGUUUGUUUGUUCGUUUUUUCUUGUCGAGCGUGCGCUUUUCAAGACUUCGUUUCAUCGGUCACUUUCCGACCAAUAAUCGUGCGUAAUUUAUUGGCGCGAGUGACGUGCGUGGGUGUACGCGAUAAUUGCGGGGGCGAUCCGUGAUCGUCGUCGAUGCAGAUGAUCAUGGUUUGGCGCGCGUGCGGUGGUGGCUGAUGCGAAAUAUGAUCGACAUGCAGAUGAUCGACAGGCUGGCCCAAGACGGCAAACAAGACGGGCGGCAGCAAUCUGAUGGACAGCUUUAUUGUCAGCACGUCAGGACCUGUGCCACCACUGGACAUCAUAAGGCCAAAUGUGCGACUCAAGAUUUAUUCGAAUUACUCGAAAGAGUUCAGAGCAACCGAUUGGAUGACCAGAGAUGUGUUCUACCGCCGUACUUCGCUCAAGCAUCUAGAGACGAGCGGACGAGUAGCGUCCCGACGCCGGAAGCGGUAGGAAAUGGAUCCCGGGAACUUUUAGAGGAGACGUUGAAGGGUCCCAAACCAUAUCCCAACAUCGUUCUACCGACCGGUGGUGGUUUCUGGAUUGAUGGCCAGGACCAAAACGAGUACGAGCCUGCUGCUUCCUCCGGCGGAGCCUGUACGUGGAAUAAUAAAAUCGAAACCGAUGACACGGCGAAAGCUUAUCGCAGAUACUACAUGGGAAGGGAACACUUCAACUUUGUCGGAACGGACGAUCAACUGGGCCCUGUGCUGUUGAGCGUGAAAACCGAAAGCCUGGCUUCCCAAGAGCAAACGAGACUCUUGCUGCGGCUCCGGACUGGCACCACGCACGAACUGGUGCCUUCAUCAUGCGCCACUUCAGCGCCUCACCACAUGGCCAGGCUGCUAAACGAUCAGCUAUCAGUUACCAAUAUGUCACCCGUUUUGAGUUGUAAAACGUCUCAACUAAUUGCCGCCUACGACGAACACGUACUAGUGUCGCACUUCAAAUUUGGUGUAUUAUAUCAAAAGUAUGGCCAAACUAGUGAGGAAGAAUUAUUUUCCAACCAACAUACUUCACCCGCGUUUGAUCAGUUUCUCCAAUUACUCGGUCAGCGGAUACAACUGAAAGACCAUAAAGGGUACCGAGGAGGCCUAGACACGCAGUUUGGUCAGACCGGUGACGAAGCCGUUUACCAAGUGUUCAAAGACAGGGAAAUCAUAUUCCACGUAUCCUCUUUGCUUCCGUACACCGAUAACGAUCCUCAGCAAUUGCAAAGGAAAAGACAUAUCGGUAAUGACAUCGUAGCAAUAGUUUUUCAAGAAUCCAACACCCCGUUCACCCCAGACAUGAUAGCGUCACAUUUCCUACACGCCUACAUCAUCGUCCAAGUGAUCGAACCCAACACUCCCAACGUUAGGUAUAAGGUCAGCGUGACCGCCCGGGACGACGUGCCCUUCUUCGGACCGACGUUACCCAACCCGGCCGUGUUCAGACACGGUCCAGAUUUCAAACAGUUCCUUCUCACCAAGCUUGUAAACGCGGAAAAUGCCUGUUACAAGGCCCACAAAUUCGCCAAGUUGGAGCUGAGAACCCGAACGUCUUUGUUGCAUUCGUUGUGCGAGGAGCUGAAAGACAAGACCAAAGACUUCCUUGGGCACAACGAAGGCGGCAGUAGCGGCACCAAUGCCGGAGCGGCCGGCACGAGCGGCGGCCUGGGCGCCGAGCUGACCAAAUCGUCGGCGGCCUCGUCGUCGUCGUCUUCGUCGGAAUGCGGCAACGGUACCAUCUCGGGGGCUGGCAGCAGGUUCAUAGACACGGUACGCAAAGCGCUCAUUGCCCGGGUCAAGACGCAAACACUGUCUAACGCAGAGGCCAACAACAACGUUUCGGGCGGCCUAUCCAAGAAGACUAGCAGCUGUUCGGCCGACGGGUCCAUACCGAGCUUUGGCAGAUCGUUGUCGAAAAGCAGCAAAAAGAGUUCGCCCUCGUCACCAAUAUCCAGUCCGGACAUCCAUCCAGUGCACAGGACUUCCAGUGGAGCUAGCCGCGUGGCCAUGUCGGAAAGCGAUUCGUCGUCGUUGAACAGCGUUGAGCUUGACGGCCUGGGCAUGGCUGGGGCCGUGGACAGCGACACCGGUCUGGAGAGCAUGUCGUCGGCUGAGACGCCCAGUGGCAAGCCUUGCAGCAUGUGCUGUUGUGACGCGCCGAACAACGACUCCCGGGUGGAAGGUCUCCGGCAAGACGUGACCAGGUUAAAAUGUGACAAACUAGAGCUGUUGAGACAGAACGUGAGUUGUCAACAUGAAAUAAAGAGAUUGCGAGAGAAGGAACUGGUGCUGCAGUCGGAACUCACGUCCGCAUCCAAGGAGAUUCUUAGGUUGAGGGAACUGUUGAAAAACUACACCACCAACCCCAACUCGUCGACUGUUUGAACAUAGGAUACCUACUGAUUUUGUGACGAAGAUAAAACUGACACUUGACGUUUUCUCUCACUGUUGCAAAAUUAUUCACUUUCUGUGACGGUUAUUUCUUCUGGGACAACCAUAUAUGGCCACCGGCGAAUAACAAUAUUUCGUCUUACAGGAUGGAAAUAAUAUAGCGUAACGCGAUACCAAAGUAUUACAUAUUAUAUAACUAUUAUUUUCAAAACGAUUUGAAAUUAUCGUUAUUAAUCUAUGUUGGAUUGUAUUUACCUACUAAAAUUAGCGUUAAUAAUGUAAAUCCACUAUUAUAUUUAUUUUUAAUUGUGCUUCUAAUCGUUAAGAAAAAACAAAAAUAUUCUGUAAAGCAUAUACCAAAGUAUUAAUAUUUGACGUUUUAAUAAUAAUUAUUUGACACUAAAUUCCGCGCGACAACGUUAAUUCACUAGUGUCAAAAUAGCAUCGUGUAUCAUGACGUAAUCACACAAUUUUAUGUUAAUUAAUUAAUUUGAUUGGUUGAUAAUUUAUUGACUGUAAAAUUCAUCCUAUACGUCACGAAAAUUUGUAAAUACAAUUAUUACAUAGUUUUAAGUCUAAGGGUUUUUUUUUAAGUGUGUAUUAGUAAAAAAAACUUAACAAAAUAUUACCAUUUACAUGUCGGUGCAAACAAAUUUGAGCAUAUAUUAUAAUAUAAUUUUAUAUUAUACAUUUAUUUAUUCCAUUUUCAUUUUCGAAUCAUAUAGAAAUUACCACCGUAAUAAUACCUAACCAAUGUAUGCAUUAUACAUUUUACUAUUAAUAUAUAUAAUUUUUUUUUAAGUAUUUUUUUUAACAAUUCACUUGUUUGAUAUGUAUAUGGUUAUUUCUAUGAAGUAAAUGUCCUAUGUGUACUCAUUAUCUCAUUAUUUGAAUAAAAGCGCAUAAGUGUGCAUGUAUUUAUAUAGUGAUAAGGAACUAAUAUUAUAUCAAUGAUAUAAUUCUUGUGUCUAUUAAACUUUUUUGUAAAGUCUAUUGUGUUUUUGUCAAAAAUUUAUCGGGAAGAGGAAAAAUAAGAAUAAAAAAGUUUAGUUAAUAUUAUAUUGUUGAUUAUAAUAGACUAUAAUAGUAUUAUUAUGGUUAUUUUAACAGUAUUAAUUUAUAGGUAUAACGGUAGUCUAAUUUAAAAAAUACGCACCUAACAUUUUAAUAUUAUAAUACUCGUGUAUACUUACAUAUAAAAUGUGUUUUUGUUUUGCACAAAUGUUUGUUCUUCUUAAAAAAUUUUAAUUGCAUGAAAUGUAUGUCAAUUUAUAUUAUUAUUUUUGAUUGUAUAAUUUAUAAAUAAUUUAUAAAUAUCUAAAAUUGUAAAUGUCCAUACAAAUACUCUUAAGUUCAAGUAGAUACACACACAAACACAGAAAACCUGUGUCCGUUCUGUUUUAAAAUCAGGCGCACUAAUUCAUUUUUUAUUUUAGCCUAUAUACAUAUGAGUGUAUUAUGUUUUGUUAUUAUUAUUAUUAUUAUUAUUAUUAAUGCAAUAAAUGUUAAUUUUUA